AUGUUGCGCCUGGGCAAUUCCCACAUUGCGCGUACCGUGGUCCGUAGUUACGCCAAGGAUGUCAAGUUUGGAGCGGAAGGCAGGAAAGCUAUGCUUGUCGGUGUUGAUCUGCUGGCCGACGCAGUCUCAGUAACAAUGGGUCCUAAGGGUAGAAACGUGAUCAUUGAACAGUCUUGGGGAAGCCCUAAAAUCACUAAGGAUGGAGUCACAGUUGCAAAAGCAAUCGACCUGAAAGACAAGUACCACAAUAUGGGAGCCAAGCUCAUCCAGGAUGUUGCAAACAAAGCAAACGAAGAAGCCGGGGAUGGUACUACUUGUGCCACCAUACUGGCUCGUUCUAUAACCAAAGAGGGUUUCGAAAAUAUCAGCAAAGGCGCUAAUGCUGUCGAGAUUCGAAGAGGAGUUAUGGCUGCAGUGGACCUUAUUGUUAAAGAUCUAAAAGCUCAAAGCAAACAGGUCACAACACCCGACGAGAUUGCCCAAGUUGCAACUAUUUCAGCAAAUGGAGACAAGGCCAUUGGGAAUCUCAUUUCAGAAGCUAUGAAGAAAGUAGGAAAAAAAGGUGUCAUAACCGUGAAGGAUGGGAAGACAUUGAAUGAUGAAUUAGAGUUGAUUGAAGGCAUGAAAUUCGAUCGAGGAUAUAUUUCCCCCUACUUCAUCAAUACCUCAAAGGGAGCAAAGGUUGAAUAUGAGAAGGCCUUGGUUCUCUUGAGUGAAAAGAAAAUUAGCAAUGUCCAAGAUAUUGUUCCUGCACUUGAGUUGGCUAACAAAGUUCGAAAACCUCUCGUUGUCAUUGCUGAAGAUGUUGACGGCGAAGCACUUACGACACUUGUUCUCAAUCGGUUAAAAGUCGGCCUGCAAGUAGUGGCUGUUAAAGCGCCAGGAUUCGGCGAUAAUAGGAAGAAUACGCUAAGAGAUAUGGCUAUUGCUACGGGUAGUACUGUAUUCGGAGAUGACUCAAAUCUAGUUAAGCUUGAAGACAUUCAACUAAGCGACUUUGGGGAGGUUGAAGAGGUCACUAUUACAAAGGAAGACACUUUGUUGCUACGUGGUAAAGGUGAGGCCGCUGAAAUCGAAAAGCGAAUUGAGCAAAUCGCUGAUGAAAUUGAACAGUCAACCAGCGAAUAUGAAAAGGAGAAAUUAAACGAACGCCUGGCCAAACUCUCAAAAGGUGUUGCUGUUUUGAAGAUUGGGGGUGCGUCUGAGGUUGAAGUUAACGAGAAAAAGGAUCGCGUUACGGAUGCUCUUUGUGCAACGCGCGCUGCGGUCGAAGAAGGAAUUGUACCUGGUGGUGGAGUGGCUCUUCUCCGAUCACUCAAAUGUCUUGAAACAUUUAAGGCUCCUAAUGAUAACCAGCUGAUGGGCGUAAAUAUAGUUAAGAAGGCCGUUCGUCAGCCAAUUAGCACGAUCGUCAAAAACGCUGGAAUAGAACCUGCUCCUAUUGUUGAGAAGGUCCUAUCGAAUGGCAAUGUCAGUUAUGGUUAUGAUGCCCUCAAUGAUAAAUUUGUGGAUAUGUUCGAAGCUGGUAUUGUUGAUCCAACCAAGGUUGUACGAACUGCUUUGCAAGAUGCGGCUGGAGUUGCUUCGUUGCUUGCGACAACAGAAUGUGUGGUCAUUGAAUUACCAAAAGAGGAACCAGCGCCAGGAAUGGGAGGUGCCAUGGGCGGUAUGGGUGGAAUGGGAGGAAUGGGAGGAGGAAUGUUCUAA